AUGCUGUUUCCUCAGGAACAAUCUCUGUACCACUACGCCCCCAACCUGUCCCCAAACCCACCGAAACCCCCACCCGUCAAAAACGUCCUUUAUCGCGAUAACAAGCGGUCGGGCGGCGCCGCAACCACAACCACCACAAUCCACAAUAACAAGCUCCACCUGAUCACCCCGUCUCACCCCUUUUAA